AAUGCAAGGCCAACAAAAUAAGAAUUAAAGAAGUCUAGAAUUUCUGAUAAGUCGUCGUGGAAAAAUAGAGUCGAGACGAACUUUCGCUCUCAAGAAAUCGUCUGCAUUGGUGGAGAUAUCUCUCCAUUACGUUUGAAGAGAUCAAGAGAGGGAGAGAGAACCGAAUAUCCGCCGUUUCCACCAACAAUGGAUGAGGUAUUGAACAAGGUCGGCUCGUACUGGUUCAGCAAGAGGGCUAAUAAGGAGAUCAACUCCGUCGGUGAUGACUUCAACUCACUGUCAACCAGUAUUGAAGGUGGAACCAAAUGGCUGGUUAAUAAAAUCAAAGGAAAAAUGCAAAAGCCAUUGCCAGAGCUGCUAAAGGAGUAUGAUAUGGCAGUAGGAAUCUUCCCUCGUGAUGCCACCAACUAUGAGUUCAAUGAAGAGACAAGAAAGCUUACAGUUUACAUACCAGCAAUUUGUGAGGUGGGCUACAGGGACUCAUCUGUCUUGCGCUUCUCCACCACUAUCACUGGCUAUCUGGAGAAAGGAAAGCUAGUAGAUAUAGAGGGGAUGAAGACAAAGGUGAUGAUAUGGGUAAAAGUGACCUGUAUCUCAUCUGAUGGAUCGAAACUACAUUUUACAGCUGGGAUGAAGAAAACCAGGAGCAGAGAGGCAUAUGAGUUUCUUAGAGAUGGUAUAAUUGUAGAUAAGUUCUAAGGCAGGAUGAUUAUGGGUUAUUAUGUUGAUAACUUGUACUUUUUAGUGCCUGGACCUGCUUGCUUGCCUCCUCCAUGAUUGGGUACUGUAAUGAGAAAGACCUGUUAAAUGAUCGAAUCAUAUUCCCUAUGGUGUUGAAUAGUCGUUA